UUACAGGCCAGUACAACAUAGGAAAUUUAAUGUCGUAUUUGAUAUACGUAUAGAUCCGCACAUUGGGAUAUUAUUUGAUCAAGAUCAGGGCGAGGCCAGGUGAACGCUAAUUAAUCGACAUCGUGACAAGGCAGACGUUUGCCAGGCCAAGGUGUGAUCGCUGGUUCCAUAAACACUUUGAUGGUUUGGAUUACGCAACGUGAUUGAGAGAAGGACAACAGGGAAAGCACGAGGUUGUUGAAUGGAUGUACGAAUUUCGCAUAUAUAGACACAUUAUCUUUAUUGUUUUCUUUACGAUUACAUUGAAGACAUUAUCCACUCAAUACUUGGCAUAGAUAAUGACAGCCAAUAGGACACUUCAUUCCACUUAACCCAGAUAGUGAUCUGUAAUAGCAAGUUUUUCCAGGAUUCGUCAUACUUUCCCUUGUGUCAGAUUACACUUUCGAUCCGUGCAUAAAACAUGACGUCGGAUCGCAGACUAUUGGAAUCUCAUUGAGUCACAGUCAAUUGACGCAGUCGGUCGGUGUUCGCAAAGUUAUUUACUUGUGUAACUCAGACAUAAAUCCCACAUCGUCUCGGGCACUUAUGCCGCGACAGUCUCUGAGCUUUUUUCAGUACGCUCGGGGAGUCUUUCGUGUUUUCAAGGAUUAAAGAGCGCUCCUAAAAAAACAAAAUGGCGAAUGACGCCGGGAGAACAGACGAUAUUCAUCAACUGACUCACGCCAUUGAGAACUCGACUCAGAGAUUAAACUUGGAUUUUGGAUUAUUGCAGAGGCAGGCAGGAAAAUUAGGAACAAAUGUCGACACGGUAGAUUUCAGGAAUGAAAUUGAAAACAUUUAUUCAAAUACCUGUGAAGCAAUCAAACGAGUCAUGAGUCAAUUGUUUGAUUUACAAUUGUUGUGCGUUGAUAAACAAAAGAAAAGUAAGUACAAGUCGUUGAAACAGAAAUUCGAAUCGGAGGUUGAGAAAUUCUGUGAUUUAAGCGCCGCCACGCGGAACAAGAUGGCAAAGUUCCCGACUCAGGAUUCGCUAGGUGGCACCACUAGUAUUGUUGCCAUUCAGGAGGAUGUUGGUGCUGUUGUUGACGUCAUGAGGCAUAAUGUUGAUAAAGUAUUGGCGAGAAAUAGUGUUAUAGGUAUGGGGGACAUGGACACGUACACAGACCAGGGGAGAAUAGACACAAUGGCGAUGGAUUCAUAUUAUAAAAAGUUAGUUGCUCAAAAACGUGACCUCAUGGCGAAGGACGAUCGUUCACUGACUCCGGAUGAGAGAGACCGUAAGCGAAAGUUGUUGACAGAAAUUGAUGACGUAAUGCGCAUGUAUAAUGACUUGGCAAACAUCAUGGAGCCGGAGGACGCUGAGACUCUCGAGGCUCAUGGGUCUUAUGUGAGACGAAAUAACGAGAGAAAAACGAGUAAAGCUUGCAGGGUUAGCUAGCUCACGAUGCGUGUAGAUUAUAAACUUGGUACCUCAUAUUUAUUCGCGGCAUUGAUAUGAUUCGCGGCAUUGAUAUGAUUCGCAUCAAUGCUCGUCUGACACGUGUCUGGUUGGUACUAACAUUAUUUGGCGUAUAGCUCUCGACUCGGAUCAAAAUGAUAUGGCCCCCGGGGGAAGUCUUGUGUGGGCUUUUAUUUAUGUGGACUGGCUAUAUAUUGGGAAUAGAUAUUGUCGAAUGGGUUUCGGUACCAAAUGUGGAUAAUUACAUAAUCAUCAAUUUCGAAAUAAAAAGUGGGAAUAAAAGGUAGAUCUUUAUAUAUUUUGCUGUUAAGACUUGUUCGUUUCAAUUCGUUCAUGCAGUUGUAGUCUACAGCUUAUGUUCACACUCACAUAUACCUUCCACAUCAAUCAUUUAAUCAGAAUAUAAGUUAGUGGGCUAAUAUCAUUUAAACAUCAGUCGUAUUAGUUUACUUUCUCCAGUUCUGCGUGACUAUCCAAUACACCAAAUCGCCGUUUUUAAAGACAAGGCUAAUUAUACCGAAAUAUUCAACCUUCGC